AUGGCCAUUUGUGUUCCAUAUGUCCUCAACUAUGUGAAAAAAAACCAUUUCCGCACUAACACAGGGGACCCAAUAUCAUUUAAUGCUAAUGGUGAUAUCCCAGCAGCCUACAAUUUUGUGAAUGUGCAGAUUGUGAAUGGCAGUUUUAACCUGGUGAAAGUGGGAAGAUUUGACCCUGAUGCCGGAACUGGAAACACAAUUCUUCUUGAUUUCAGCUCCAUAAUGUGGAACGAGAGAUUUACCCAGGUGCCCCCAUCAAUGUGCAGCAGCAGCUGCCACCCAGGUUCCUGGAAAGCCACCCGGAGAGGUCAGCCCAUCUGUUGCUAUGACUGCAUCCCGUGCUCUUUGGGCGAGAUAACCAACACUACAGAUGCAACAGAAUGCUUUAGAUGUCCCACUGAGCAGUGGUCCAAUGAAGAGCGGAGCAUGUGCGUUCCCAAAGUUAUAGAAUUCCUCUCAUAUCAGGAGCCAUUGGGAAUCUUCCUCACUAUCACAGUCAUCAUCUUCUUCCUCAUAACUCUCUGCAUCAUCUUCAUCUUCAUUAAAUACCGGAGAACCCCAAUAAUCAAGGCCACAAACAGGGAACUGAGUUUCAUCCUUCUGGUUUCCCUCACCCUGUGCUUCCUCUGCUGCCUCAUCUUCAUUGGUUCCCCUUCCCCAAUUACUUGCCCCCUACGACAGACCCUCUUCAUUGUGGUUUUCUCUAUCAGCAUCUCAUCUGUCCUGGCUAAGACCAUCAUGGUGAUUCUGGCAUUCAAAGCCACCAAAGUGGACAGUCCCCUGAGGAAAUGGUUGGGACCAAAGAUCCCUCGUACGGUGGUGGCACUUUGCACCAUGAUACAGGUUGGCAUUUGUAUCGUUUGGCUUCUUCUCUCUCCACCUUUCCCACAACUGAACUCAGAGAUUGAAAGGCACAAACUGAUAUUUGAAUGUCACGAGGGGCAAAGCCUUUUCUUUUAUGUCACUUUGGGGUUCAUGGGCUUCCUGGCAAUGGUCAGUUUCUUUGCUGCUUUCCUGGCACGGAACCUGCCCGGGAGCUACAAUGAGGCCAAACUCAUCACCUUCAGCAUGUUGGUCUUCUGCAGCGUCUGGGUCUCCUUCAUCCCGGCCCAUCUGAGCACCAAGGGCAAAUAUACUGUAUCCGUACAGAUAUUCGCCAUAUUGGCCUCCAGCGCGGGGCUCCUGGCCUGUAUAUUUGUUCCCAAGUGCUAUAUUAUACUGCUCAGGCCUGACAGGAACAGCCGGAACCAGUUAACUAGCAGGAAAAGAAUAAGGCCAAUUGGUUAA